CAUGUGCCUGCCUGCAUAUGAGAUUCAUAGAAAUAGCUAAGGUAUUGCAUGUUCUUGAAUUCACUAGUACUGUAUCUGAACAUUAAAAAAUGUCUUUUCAUUGAAGAAGACAGGGGUUAAAAUGAAUGAAGAUCUGAAGGUUAAUUUAAGCUGGCUGCCUCAAGAUCACUUAGAAGCCAGCUCUCCAGAGAAUAUCUCAACUGCAGUCUCCUCCCUGAUUCCUGUCGUAGACCCAGAACCAGAGCUCAUAGUAAACCCCUGGGACAUUGUUUUGUGUACUUCAGGAACCCUUAUCUCCUGUGAAAAUGCCAUUGUGGUCCUUAUCAUUUUCCAAAAUCCUAAUCUUCGUGCCCCCAUGUUCCUUCUGAUAGGCAGCCUGGCACUUGCAGACCUCUUAGCAGGAAUUGGAUUGAUCAUCAAUUUUAUUUUUGCCUAUCUUCUACAGUCAGAAGCUACAAAACUGGUCACUAUUGGACUGAUUGUUGCCUCUUUCUCUGCAUCUGUCUGCAGCUUGCUGGCUAUUACUGUUGACCGUUACCUCUCAUUGUAUUAUGCUUUGACUUAUAAUUCAGAAAGGACUGUCACUUUUACUUAUAUCAUGCUUAUUUUGCUCUGGGGAGCAUCUAUCUGUAUUGGACUGCUGCCUAUAAUGGGCUGGAACUGCCUCAAAGAUGAAUCCACCUGCAGUGUUAUCAGACCGCUCACUAAAAAUAAUGCAGCUAUCCUUUCAGUCUCUUUCUUGCUCAUGUUUGCUCUCAUGCUGCAGCUCUACAUUCAAAUUUGUAAAAUUGUGAUGCGCCAUGCCCAUCAGAUUGCCUUGCAACACCAUUUCCUGGCCACAUCCCAUUAUGUGACCACCCGAAAAGGAGUGUCUACUUUGGCCAUUAUUUUGGGGACCUUUGCUGCUUGUUGGAUGCCUUUUACACUCUAUUCUUUAAUAGCAGAUUACACGUAUCCUUCAAUAUAUACCUAUGCCACUCUCCUGCCAGCCACCUACAAUUCCAUCAUCAAUCCUGUAAUAUAUGCUUUUAGAAACCAGGAAAUACAAAAAGCAUUUUGGCUCAUCUGCUGUGGCUGUAUCCCUUCUAGCCUGUCUCAAAGAGCAAGAUCACCUAGUGAUGUUUGAUUAACAGCUAUGAGGACUUUAUUUAGCAUUUUGUUUUUCAGAAAUUCCUGCAACAAUCUUUGGUUAGAUAUAUUCCUUAGAUUGUACAUAUCUAAAUCAUAUUCAAGCCACAGGAUGCACUGACCCUUUUGUAAAGAGAAACCCCAUUAACCGAAAUGAACUCAGUGGUUUAAGGAAGAUUUCCAAAAUCAAAAUGAUUAGUGUUCUUUCAAAUUAUAUUGUUGCUCAGGUUCUAUGAAUAGACUAAACCGGUCAUUCACAUUCACUAUGAUUCUAAGUUAACUUUUAUUAAUUAAAAAAGGUAGACUGAUGAAUUAUAGCCUUUUUAAAAUAGUUUAUGUGCUUGAGCUCAGUUAUACUGCAUGAUUUUUCUGUUGUCAGAAAUUCUCUCUCUUCUUAGCCUUAGUGAAACAGUAAAGAAGACUAUGUCCUUGGUUCUGUUAACAUAAACUAAAAUGUAUAUCAUCAAUUUAAAAUAAUGACCCAAUAACUAUUGAUUCAUUUGGUAUUUAUUGUAAUACUUUCUGGACCAUUAAUUUGCUAAAAUGAGGAAGUACUUGUGCAGAUUUACUGUUUUAUAUCUCAGUAUAAAUUGAUCAGUAUUUUAAAAUGUUACCUAUUUUCUCAUGAGUUCUAGAUAGAUGCUAGAAUAGAAUAUACGUUUCGUCUUUACUACUGCUUUGUUUCUUUUCAAAAAUCAACUAUACAUUUUUUAAAAUAUAGGACAUCAGGGCCUAUUGUAACAUUGAUUUUUAAGCAGAAUUCCUCAUUUAAAUGAUGGAGAUUUCUACUCAGAAAUCUAUGGCACAAUAUGGCCUCUAGGAAUUAUGCAUUGUAAUAGGUGCAGCAUUUUAAGUUUCUUUGACAGAUUAAUAUUUUCAGAAGUGUAUAAGGAAAUAUUUAAUAAAAUAACUUGCUUAAAAUAGUAUAUUUUUAGUACCUACAGUAAAUGGUUCCCUAAAGGUU